GCCGAGGGGCGCGGGCGCGGGCCGAGGGCGCGGGCCGGCGGCGGGAUGGAGGCGGUGCCCCGCAUGCCCAUGAUCUGGCUGGACCUCAAGGAGGCCGGCGAGUUCGGCUUCCACCAGGCCGUCAAGAAGUUUGUUCUGAAAAACUAUGGUGAAAAUCCGGAGAACUAUAAUGAGGAGCUGAAGAAGCUUGAGCAGCUCAGACAGAGUGCCGUGAACGUGCCCCGGGACUUUGAAGGGUGCAGCAUCUUGCGCAAGUACUUUGGCCAACUCCACUACCUGCAGAGCCGCAUCCCGAUGGGGGCCGAGCACGAGGCCGCCGUCCCCGUCACCUGGACGGAGAUCUUCUCCGGCAAGGCUGUGACUCACGAGGACAUCAAGUACGAGCAGGCCUGCAUCCUCUACAACCUCGGUGCCUUGCAUUCCAUGCUCGGGGCGAUGGACAAGCGGGUGUCCGAGGAGGGCAUGAAAGUCUCCUGCACCCAUUUCCAGUGCGCGGCAGGUGCCUUCACCUACCUGCGGGACCACUUCCCUCAUUCCUACAGCGUCGACAUGAGCCACCAGAUCCUUAACCUGAACAUCAACCUCAUGCUGGGCCAAGCCCAGGAGUGCCUCUUGGAGAAGUCGAUGCUGGACAACCGGAAGAGCUUCCUUGUGGCCCGGAUCAGUGCUCAGGUGGUGGAUUACUAUAAGGAAGCGUGUCGCGCCCUGGAGAACUCCGAAACGGCCUCCCUGCUGGGGAAGAUCCAGAAGGACUGGAAGAAGCUGGCGCAGAUGAAGAUCUACUAUUUUGCUGCGGUGGCACAUCUGCACAUGGGGAAGCAGGUGGAGGAGCAGCAGAAGUACGGGGAGCGGGUGAUCUACUUCCAGAGUGCCCUCGACAAGCUCAACGAAGCCAUCAAGCUGGCCAAGGGUCAGCCCGAAACCGUGCAGGAAGCUCUGCGGUUCACCAUGGACGUCAUCGGAGGAAAGUACGCCUCUGCCAAGAAGGACAAUGACUUCAUCUACCAUGAAGCCGUACCUGCCCUGGAUACCGUGCAGUCUGUUAAAGGGGCGCCGCUGGUGAAGGCCCUUCCCGUGAACCCCACGGACCCCGCUGUGACGGGCCCCGACAUCUUCGCCAAGCUGGUGCCGAUGGCGGCCCACGAGGCGUCAUCCCUGUACAGCGAAGAGAAGGCCAAGCUGCUGCGGGAGGUCAUGGCCAAGAUCGAGGCCAAGAACGAAGUGCUGGAGCAGUUCAUGGACUCCCUCCAGCUGGACCCCGAGACCAUCGACAACCUGGACAUGUACAACCACAUCCCCCCCGUCCUGAUGGAAAAAUGCGCCGCGCUGAGCGUGCGCCCCGAGACGGUGAAGAACCUGGUGCAGUCCAUGCAGGUGCUGUCCGGCGUGUUCACCGACGUGGAGGCCUCCCUGAGGGAGAUCAAGGAGCUUCUCGACGAGGACGAGGCCCAGGAGCAGAAGCUGCGGGAGGUGCUGAGCAAGCUGCCCCCGCCGCCGCAGGGCUCCCCGCCCCCCCACCUGCCCGCCUCCCCCGUGCUGGCCGAGGUGGCCAAGGAGUGGGCCAAGUACAUGGAGGCGCACGAGAAGGCCAGCUUCACCAACACGGAGCUGCACAAGGCCAUGAACCUGCACAUCAGCAGCCUGAAGCUGCUCAGCGGCCCCCUGGAGCACGUCCGGGCCGCCUUGCCCGCGCCCAGCCUGACAGAGGAGGAGAAGCAGGUGCUGCAGAACCUGAAGCGGAUCCUGGCCAAGGUGCAGGAGAUGAAGGACCAGCGGGUGUCCCUGGAGCAGCAGCUGCGCGAGAUGAUCCAGAAGGACGACCUCACCACCUCGCUGGUCACGACGGACCGCUCCGAGAUGAAGAAACUCUUUGAGGAGCAGCUGAAGAAGUACGGCCAGAUCCGGGUCUACCUGGAGCAGAACCUGGCCGCCCAGGAGAACGUCCUCAAGGCUCUGACGGAGGCCAACGUCAAGUACGCCGCCGUGCGGAAAGUCCUCGCCGAGGUGGAGCGCAAGUGGAACUCGACCCUGCAGACGCUGGUGGCCUCCUACGAGGCGUACGAGGACCUGAUGAAGAAGUCGCAGGAGGGGAAGGACUUCUAUGCCGACCUGGAGAGCAAAGUGGUCAAGCUGCUGGAGAAGGGCCGGGGGGCCUGCAAGGCGGCGGAGGCAGCCCGGCAGCAGAGCCUGGGGAAGGAGAUGAAGAGGCGGCCUCCCCCCCGGCCCACCACCCCGAAGCCCGCCCUGCCGCCGAAGGCCCCGGAGCGCGAGCCGGCCGACCCGCCGCCGCUGGCCUCCCUCCCGCUGGCCGACCUGCCCGAGGAGCUGCGCAGCCUCCCGCCCGAGGUGCUGGCCGCCCACCUGGCGCAGCUGCCCCCUGAGGCCCUGGCCGCCCUCGGCGUGGACCCUGCCUCGGCCGGCCUGGGCCAGAGAGGGGUGGGGGCGGCAGGCCGGCCCGGCCAGGCGCCCCGGCUCCCCUUCGGCCCAGGCCCGCUCGCGGCUGCCGCACCGCUGCCCGGCCACUACCAGCCCACCGGCAUCCCCACCUGCGUGGGGGCCGGCCCGUUCUCCACAGCCCCCGGCCCGGCCCCCGUUCCCUCCCACGCCAUGCAGCCCUCCGCCCCGCAGACCCACCUGCCGCCAAUGAGCCCCCCGCCCGCCACGCAGCUCUACCCUCCAGGUACCCUCCUCUGCGGCCCGGCCAUGGCCCCCCUGCAGCCAGCCUACCCGGGGGCCCCGCCGCCCCCUCCACGGACCUCCCCACAGCACCUGCCGAUGCCCCUCCCAGCCCCCGGGGGCAGCUACGGCCUGGGGCAGCCGACCCCCAGCAGCGGGGCCCUGCCGGCUCCCCAGCCCAUGCCCCUCGGGGCCAGGCACCCCCCUGCGGCCCCCGGCCCCUUCGCGCCCGGCAUGCCCCCCCACCCGGCCCAGGCCAUCCGGCCGGCCAGCACCACCGUUGACAGCAUCCGGGGCCCCAUCCCCAGCUGUGCCGCCAGCAGGGGCGGGGCGGGCCCCCCUCUGCAAUGGGCAGGGCUGCCUCCCCAGGGUGGCUUCGUGGGGGCCCAGGCGCCCGGGGCCCCCUUCCCCUAUGCCCAGGCCAGCGGCCCCCCCUUCGUGCAGCGGGUCUUGGCGCCCUUCUCGGCGGCUCAGCCCCAGCAGAGCUUCCCCCCGCAUGGGCACGUCCAGCCCCCCCUGCCGCCCUGCCCGCCCCUCGCGGCCGUCGCCCCCCUGCCGCCCGGCUCGCCCGCCCCAGGGUCCUUCAGCCCGGCUCCCCCGGCCUCCAGCCAGCUGCCUCCGGGGGCCCCCAUGGGGCUCGCCGGCGCCCCGCCGCCCCCGGUGAGCCAGCAGGCCCCGCACCAGGUCCCCCCCGCCCCCAGCCCGGCCCUGGCCCAGAUGCCGGGCGGGGCGGUGGUGCCGGGGCAGGCCCUGCCCUCCCCGGCCCCCUUGCCGCAGCCCCCGCUGCGGCCUCCCUCCGGGCCCUGCCCCGGCCCCCUCCCCCAGCUGCCCCCGUCCUCCCUGGCCCCGGGGGCCGCGCCGCUCGGGCAGGCGGCCCCUGAGGCGCCCUUCCCCCGGCAGAGCGCCUCCACGGACGACCUGCUGUCCUCCAGCCCCGAGAGCCAGCACGGGGGGCCCAAGGCCCCCGUGGGGCAGCCCCUCCUGCAGCCCACCAAGGCGGACGCCAAGGAGGGCCUGAGGCCGCGGCCCGUGCAGCUGAUCGAGCGCGACCCGUACCAGCAGCCCGAGCGCCUGCGGCGGCUCCUCUCGGAGCUGGGCCGCUUCCGGGAGCUGGUGGCCUGCCUGGGCGAGCCGGGGCCCGGCAGCGCGCUGGGCGGCGUGUGGAAGGCGCUGCAGGAGGCCCAGGAGAAGGACGCGCGGCAGCGCUCCAUCGCCGUCGCCCGCUGCUACUCGCGCAAGAACCGCCACCAGGACGUCAUGCCCUACGACCGGAACCGCGUGGUGCUGCAGUCGGGCCGCGACGACUACAUCAACGCCAGCCGCAUCGAGGAGCUCUCCUCCUACUGCCCCACCGUCAUCGCCACCCAGGCGCCCCUGCCGGGCACGGCCGCCGACUUCUGGCUCAUGAUCCACGAGCAGAAGGUGUCGGUGGUGGUCAUGCUCGUGUCCGAGCUGGAGGUCGAGAAGCAAAAGGUGGUGUGCUACUUCCCCACGGAGCGUGGCCAGCCCAUGCUGCACGGCCCCAUCUCCCUCGUCCUGACCAGCCACAAGGCCACCCCGACCCACGUGGAGCGCAUGGUCACCCUGCAGUUCCGCGACCAGAGCCUGAAGCGCACCGUCGUGCACCUGCAGUUCUCCUGCUGGCCGGAGCUGGGCCUCCCGGACCGCCAGGACGACCUGCUGCACUUCAUCCGGGACGUCCACAGCCACUACCUGCACCAGCGGCCGCUGCACACCCCCAUCGUCGUCCACUGCAGCUCCGGCGUGGGGCGCACCGGCGCCUUCUGCCUCCUGUACGCGGCCAUGCAGGAGGUGGAGGCCGGCAACAGCAUCCCGGACCUGGCCCAGCUCGUGCGCAGGAUGCGCCAGCAGCGCAAGCACAUGCUGCAGGAGAAGCUGCACCUCAAGUUCUGCUACGAGUCCGUCCUUCGGCACGCCACCCAGGUGCUGCAGAGGCACGGGGUCACGGCGCCGUCCGCUGUCAAGCCCAGCAGCGGGGCCGCCCCUGCCGCCCAGAAGCCCUACGUCCCCCAGGACCCGCAGGACCUGGUGCUGGGCGGGGACAUGCCCAUCAGCUCCAUCCAGGCCACCAUCGCGAAGCUCAGCAUCAGGCCCCCGGCGGGGGGCGCGGAGAGCGCCGCGAACGGACAGCUGCCGGAGCCCUCGCCACCGAUCGCCGCCGGGGGCGACGCUCUUCCGGCGCCCCCGGCCGCCCUGCUCCCGCAGCCCGCCCCGGCCGAUCCCGGCCCUCUGGAGGGGGCGGCAGCCGCCCUGCCCCUCCCGCCGCCAGCGCCCGAGGCCGAGGGGCCUUCCGCGGGGGAGAACAGCAGCCACGCGGAGACAGGGGAGGGCAGCGGCGGUCUGCAGCCGCCCCCCGAGGCCGAGGCCCCGGCGGCCCCCUCCUCGUCCUCUCUGGAUCUCCUGGCCUCCUUGACGCCCGAGGCCUUCACCCUAGACGGCUCCCUCACGGGCAGGCACAGGAUGAGCAAGCAGAGCUUCCUGCAGCCCCAGAACGGGGAGGGUCUGCGGGGGGCCCGGCCCAGCGAUGACCCCCUCGACAUGCUGGACCCACUCUGGACCCUCAACAAGACGUGAGCGCGGCGGGGGCCGCUCUGCCGGGGCAGCCCAGGCCUGACCGAGGGGAUGGCGCUGCCCCGGGCCUGGGCCGCCUGGGCACUGCCUUCCCAGCUGGCACUUCCUGCACCCUGGGCGCCUGCUGGGCCACUGAAGGGGCUCCAAGCGGCCCCUUUCCCGACCCCCCCACCAGCUGCUUCCUGCAUCCUUCACCUGGGAGCAGGCCCAGGUGGCUGCGGUGCACGCACGGGGCCUUGGUGCAUCUGCAUCACGAGGCUCUCCCCUCCUGUUCCCUUUCUGGGGGCAGCCAUGAUGGAGGGGACGGGGGGAGGGGGAAGGGGUCUGGGCAUUCGGGGCGGUUCUCCCGGUGCUCCCAGGGACAGACCUCGGCCAUCCAUAAAGGCUUUGGAAUACGGCUUGGGCCUCCCCCCUGGCCAGGGUGGGAUGCAGCUUGUGCGCCCCACCUGCUGCCCCCGCAUGCGGGGGUACAGGCUGCCCUCCCCCGCUACUGUUCUCUCCCUUCUGUUGCUGCCUUGCCUUCGCCGCUGAGCGUGAGCGUGAGCGCCCCCAGCCCCUGAGGUGGGACCCGGCCCAAGCCCUGCUCUGCUGCGAGGCCCGAGGCGUGGGGGCCCCGCGGCCUCAUGCGUCAGCCCCGCUGCUGGUCGGAGGCUGAGCAGCAGCCCUGCGGCCAUUGCCAAGGCUUCGUGGGGCUGGCCAGCUCCGCUGCCCCCCCCCACCCGCCCUGUUCGGAGGCUGGCGGAGGGGCUGCAGCUAUGGGCGAGAGCUCAUAUUCAACGUGGAAAAGAAGGGGCCGCUUCCUUCGGGCCUCUUCGGGGGCCCCCCUGGCGCUUACGCACAUCCAGCAGCCUCUACAAAGCGGAAUUGUCCCUUGUGAAAAGGGCUGGGGGCUCGAAGGGGGCAGGGUCCGGAGCCACCGAGUUGACCAGGCGCCUGGGGGUUGACCACAUCCGUCUCGCAUCGAGCUGGCGAGGGAGGGAGAGACAUGGGGCGGCAUCUUAGGGGCACAAGAGCAAAAUCAGGUAACGGGAGCAAUUUGAUGCGUUAGUUUUGACCCUGCUCCCCAUUCAGGUGGCUGCCUAAAUUCAACAGCUGCCUGCAAAGGGCAGGGAAGAGGAAGGGCUGAGGCGGGAAAGGGCUUUUUGGCACGGCAGGCGGUCCUGGGCGAACUUCUGGAUUCCUUCAAGGGGCUGGUGUUCUUGUAUACAUAUAAUACGGUCUUCUUGUUUUGACUUACUCUGUAAUCUAGACUUUUUUCAGCUCUUUGCUAUUAAAAUAAACGGGGCAUUGGAGAUGGCGCCAGUGUUAGAGUUUUGUUGGAGGGCGACUGCCAGCCGCAGCCUCGUGGGGGUGACCCGGGUUGCCUGGCCUUGCGCUGCCUUGCAAGUUUUGAUGACGCUUCUUGCACACUCAGUCCUCGUGCGCCUUGCGUAUGCACGCUAAAGCAUCAGGUCCUUAAAUUCGGUGUUUCACUUUUGAUAGACAGCUGCAGGAAACGGGGAAGUGGUGGGCAGUUUGAUUUGAGGAUGUGGCUUCCCCAGGGCUCAUUUUUACAGUGCCUGCAACACGCGGGCCCACUGCCGGAGGACGUGCUUGUGCAAGAGCAGGAAAAACUGCAAGGAGGUCAUUAACACGACUUAUAUGCAGAAUAAAUUAUGAAAAAAACAA